AUGAAUGUUCUAAAUAAUGCGCGUGCAAUUUGUCCUAAUCUUUGGACCGGGCUGUGCUGUCAGAAUUUAACUUGUAUAAAAACUGUACGGGAGGUGCGACGAAAACGAGCGUCUGUCAAUAAAAGCGAUGCACCUCUAACGAGAUUUUGUAGAAACAAUCUUGAGCAAAUACCGAGUCUGAGUAUGUGGGUGCAGGUGCGAUACCACAAAGAAUGUCCUCGUCUUCACCGCGAUAUCGAAUUCCCAAACUUCAAUCCGUACAGGAAAGAUCAAUACAAGGAUGUGAGAAAGACAAGGUGGGGUGCGGGCGACGAGAAGUCCGGAGUGACCUACACGAUUGGCUUCUUCGGAUUGCUCUGUGGAUCGUAUGCUGUAAAAUCCGAGCUAGUACAUUUCAUUUCUUACAUGGCCGCAGCCGCUGACGUGCUAGCUAUGGCAUCGAUAGAAGUAGAUCUGACCAAAAUCACACCCGGGGCUUGUGUCUCAUACAAAUGGCGUGGAAAACCGCUUUUCAUUAAGCGUAGAACUCAAGCAGACAUCGAUAUUGAGGCAAAGACUCCAUUGUCGGUUCUACGCGAUCCAGAGACCCCGGAACAACGUACUACGAUCCCGGAGUGGCUUAUAGUGAUUGGAAUUUGUACACAUUUGGGAUGUGUGCCGAUCGCAAAUGCUGGUGACUAUCCGGGAGGUUUUUACUGUCCCUGCCACGGUAGUCAUUACGAUAACGUCGGUAGAGCUCGUAAAGGACCCGCGCCUUUGAAUUUAGAGGUUCCCCCUUAUAAGUUUGUUAGUGACUCUUUAGUAAUUGUAGGAUAA